AUGACAGUGAUAUCUGUGCUUCUCCUGCUGGCUUUGCCUCGCAUCGACGCGCAGGAUGACUCCUUCGCCAGCUCCUUCUUAUCAGGUCUAUUGGAUACACUGGAUACGCAGGUGGACGCUAAGAACUGUCCUGGCGUGUGUAUGCACGCUUUGACUUCACUUAUAUGUUCCAACGUUCUGGAUGAGGUGGAAUGUCCAAAGCCAUCUAUGAAAUGCUGCGUCGACGAACCGCUAGGCAACGACACCAUGGCGACCACCCGGCGACCCUUAUCGACUCGGUACACGACAACCGAGGGCUUCGACGACGAGGAGACCACCAGCAGGCCACCAGACAAAUACAAAGACAGUGGAAACGUAGCCUGCCCGGGAGUGUGCGUGGAGUCCCGCCUGACCCAGUACUGCGAGGCCUAUCUGACGUCGGGCGAUCUCUGCGUCUCCGGACGGCUGUGCUGCGUGUCCAAAGAUGGCUACGGGGACCGACGUCCGCCAGACCUCGUCGUUCCUAAUGAAAAAAAGCAUUCCACUAAACGCCCUGCCACUGCACUAACGACGACGCCUGUGCCGAAAAAGGGGGGACGUAAAUGUCGCGGGGAAUGCAUCAGCGGUCUGUUCGCGCUGCUCUGCGACCACGUAGACGAGGACGCGAUUUGCCCCUCCGAGGGGACCUGCUGCAUCACAGACAACGCCGAGACGACGACCAGACGACCCACCACUACGACCACGUCCAGGCCGACGACCCCGGCUCCCCUUCCCCGCUGCCCCGGGUACUGCCUGUUGAACAUAAUGGCGGCCUUCUGUGAACGGCCCGCUGUACUCCUGUCUCAUACGAAUUGCAAACUCAGCGGAUCCAUCUGUUGCGACAACACGAGGAUCCCACCGCGCACGACUCCUCGUCCGACGACCACCACGACGACGACGACUCCCGCCCCGGUAGACCCGAGGCCCGACUGUCCGGGUUCCUGCAUAGUGUCUCUUCUAUCUUUCACUUGCUUCCGCAACGCAGAAAUGACGGACGUGUUCAAAUGCAAGAAAGCCGGCACGCAGUGCUGCGCGCCCAAGUCCAAGGUGCAAGAAGUGAUGGGAGUCAACAGGAACGACUCGUACCCCCUCGCGGUGACUCACCCCCCGCACGCGUACGUAACCCCGUACACGUACACUCCGGCGCAGACCCAUGCGCCGCCGCACACGACGCCGACGCCGUACGAGCCGAACUACCCGACGUCAUUGAGAACCCCCGAGAAGUACAAUAAAUACGUCUGCGGCGUUAAGGGUACCUCCUCCCGCGCCGGUCGCGUCAUGGGAGGAGAAGACGGCGAAAGAGGCGAAUGGUGUUGGCAAACGGCGCUGAUUAAUUCCCUGAACCAGUACAUAUGCGGCGCGGCGUUAGUCGGCACACAAUGGGUGCUGACCGCAGCGCAUUGCGUUACCAAUAUCGUGCGUUCCGGGGACGCGAUGUACGUUCGCGUCGGGGACCACGACUUAACGAGGAAGUACGGAUCGCCCGGCGCGCAGACCCUACGAGUGGCCACCACCUACAUCCACCACAACCACAACAGCCAGACCCUGGACAAUGACAUUGCGCUUCUCAAGCUUCACGGAAAGGCGGAGCUCAAGGAAGGUGUGUGCCUGGUGUGUUUGCCCGCCAGGGGGGUGAGCCACGCGGCGGGCAAGCGUUGUACUGUCACCGGGUACGGAUACAUGGGAGAGAGUGGUCCGAUACCUCUUCGAGUUCGCGAGGCGGAACUUCCUAUAGUGAGCGACGCGGAGUGUAUUCGCAAAGUUAACGCUGUCACCGAAAAAAUCUUCAUUCUUCCCGCCAGCUCCUUCUGCGCGGGCGGAGAAGAGGGCAACGACGCUUGCCAGGGCGACGGUGGCGGACCUCUCGUGUGUCAAGACGACGGCUUCUACGAGCUGGUGGGUCUCGUGUCGUGGGGUUUCGGGUGCGGUCGAAGAGACGUCCCGGGAGUGUACGUUAAGGUUUCGUCGUUUAUCGGCUGGAUCAAUCAGAUAAUCUCUGUCAACAAUCUCUAA